ACAUUGUUUUUCGAUUAAUUUAAAAGCUUGCUUCAUGCUAAAUACUUUUGGAGCUAAGAUUGUGUGUUGCGUUUAUGUAUAUGUUGAAAUCUGACUGUGUAGUCCCGUGUCUUGUGUGCAGUUUCUCAAAAUUCAAUAAUUAUGUAGGCCUAUGUGUUGCUGACUCUUGAUUCCAUCGCAAGCGCACGGACAUCCCUGUACUAUUAUUGAUCUGAGCCAUCGAUAUUUUCCUCCUGUGUCUUUCAAGGUAGGCUAUCGACCACAUUCUGUUCUGUGGGUCGCGAGCAGUUGAAAUUAUAAAUUAUAGAGUAGUUAUAUUUUGUCCGUAGCGGAGCAGUGUGUAUGCGAGUAUGAACAUUUCUGUAGGCCUACCGUCCCCAAGGAAAAGCUUAAAAGUCGAGUAUAAUCGCUGAUUUUACUGUGGUACAACUGUAAACCAGUAGAAGAGCUAUGUGAUUGUGUCAGUGCCUGGUGAAAUGUUCAGAACAUACAGGUCCCAGCAACAAGCAAUUCUUAGAAGUGAUGGUGUAUUCUAAAUUGUCAGAGGAGCCACAGACCAUGGAACCUCGCAGGCGUGGCAAGAAGGCCCAGGUGGCGCCAGGGGAGGGGGAGGACAUGAGGGAAAACAAGGGCAAAGACAACGCCAAUUUUGUCUUGAACGAAUUGGGAGAUGAGACGGCCAACAAUCUGAGGGGAUCUCUACGGUUUUCUGAAGCAGCCAAAAAAGUGUCCGACGAAAUGGAUGCUUUCAAGUUGCUGGCAAAUGUGAGAUCAAGCGCCAGUAAAUGGAAAUCAUAUGCUACCAGCCGAAGAUUCAAGAAAAGAACUCUCCAUGGAGAUGCAGAAAAGUAUGAGCACUUUGAUAGAAUGGUCCAGGAAACGGGUCAGGACGGCGAGUCGGUGAUGCAGCGGCAAAGCGCCGGCAUAGGGCUGGACGACAUUCACGACGACUACAUCGACUACAAGACUUUCCGACAGUCCAGAGGGCCUGUGAUGAAGAAGGACUUUGAGAUGUCCAUCGCCAGCAACAGGGCGCUGAUGCAGUACUUCGCCAAGCUGGGACAGUCCAUGAAAGAAGACGAGACGAUCAACCUGGAGUUUGUCCACACGCUCGUCUCUUCAGGGGCCGACAUCAAUUGUACCGACAAAUACGGUCAAACCGUUUUGCAUGAGGUGGCUCGAGCAUGGCAUGUAGAUGUGGCCAGCUUUUUGCUGGAGCACGGAGCAGACGUGGACAAGAAGGACAACUACGGACGGACAGCUCUUCAUGUGGCUGCGGCUGUCGACUACCCCGAGAUGGUGAACCUGCUCAUUGAAGGAGGCGCUGAUAAAGAAGCAAGAACCACGGAAGAAUACCAAACCCCGGUCUUCUAUGCUGCCAAAAAUGACGCUUGCCAGUCCCUGAAAGCCCUGAUCAAACAGGGCUGUCUGUACAUGAAGGAGAAGGACUACAAAGGACGUACUCCCAUUCAUGUUGCUGCUGAACUAGAUCGCAGUGAAACUGCUCGGAUUUUGUUGGAGCUGAAUGCACCGGUGUGGAUUCCUGACAACGAAGGAAUAAGAGCCAUCACGUGGAUGAUCAAUAAGAUGCCCCCAGUUGCCAAUGAAGCUCUGAACCAGUUCCACCUGACGGACAGGCCAAACAGAAAACAGUAUUUCUAUCUCAACUUUUUGGUGCGAGAUAAAGAAAAAGAUCCAGAUGGAAAAGCGCAAACUCCACUCCAUGUUGUGGUGGGCUUCCGCCAGUACGACCUUAUAAUGCACUCAGUUUUCAUUCGCUUGAGUCAAGUCAUGUGGCAGAGGUUUGGCAGGUUCUGGGCCCUGUUCAACCUGGGUCUGAACUUUCUCUACAUCUUGAUGUGGACGGUCAUUGGAAUGGUGGUGGAGUACGACCAGCGGCACAUCUACACCAUGCCGGAGGAUGUGUGGAGGAUCGUUUUGUUUCUGGUUGCAGUGCUCUUCACCUUCUAUCAGAUAUUUGAGGAGGUCAUGGACUUCAUCAGGUCACAGAGGGUGCACAGCGAGUUUGAGAAAAAGCGUGUCGCAGAAAUUGAAAGAGACUUGAAAUUUUGUCACCCGAGAUGGCCAGGGGAAGAGAAAUAUCUCAGAGAAGAAAUUGAAGCCAUUGAAGAUUUGAAACCAAAGUAUUUCAGUGACAUGUGGAACAUAUUCGACUGGCUGUGCUAUAUCCUCCUGACUGUGUGCAUUGUGACUCACAUCGCUGACGUGAUCGCUCACUCUGAGACUCUGGCGCGCCUGCACAUCAGGAUCAUGUCCAUCACCAUCAUCCUGCUGUGGCUGAGGCUCAUGAAGAAUGCCAGGGCUUUUGCCUUGCUAGGUCCUUUCAUUGUCAUGCUGGGUCACAUGCUGAAGGAUUGUGCCAGGUUUUUGUUCCUGUACAUGGAGUUUUAUAUUCCCUAUCUGGCAGCUUUUUGGAUGAUCUUUGGGGGGACGAAAAAAGCUCGUGACAACUCUGGAGAGGAAGUCAGUGUUGAUGGAUAUCAGUUCUUCGGCCAGCUCUUCUUCAGCAUGUUGCGUCUCACUCUUGUGGAUGAAUACGACUAUGACAACAUGAAGAAAAUUGAUCAUAUCAUGGCAGACAUCUUACUUGCGACCUGGUUUUUACUGUCAGCCAUUUUGUGCCUCAACUUGUUCAUUGCUCUAUUGUCAGACACAUUUCAGAGAGUUUACGACAAUGCUCAAGCCAACGCCGUCAUGCAGAAAGCCAUCACCAUCAUCAACAUUUGGGAAGGCAUCAACAGAAAGCGCAAGAACAGAUUCUGGGAGUACAUCGAAUCCACGUGCUCCCCGCUCAUAGAAACGUAUGAUGAUGACAUGACUCAGACUGGCGAUGAAGAUUUGAAGAAAGUGACAAUUCAGAUAAAGGAAGAUCUUGAUCAUUUUCAAGAAAUGUUCAAACUUCACUUCGGCGACCCAACAUCUCAGCUGCUGGGUAGCAAUUUGGCUGCGGCGCCAAGUAGAAGUGGGGGAGGUGGAGGUGGUAAAGGAGGCACUUUGGUGUCCGCCCGUCAGUUUGAGGCUGAGGUAGAGGAUCUGAGAGAGUCUUUGAAGACGGUCAAAUCCCAGCAGGAAGAGAUGGCUCUGAGACUGAAGAAAGACAUGUCGUCCGUCAAAUCUAUGCUCAAACUCUUGUUAGGAAAAGAACCAACAGGUGGAGCGUAUGAAAUUGAAGAAACAAGUCUGAUUCCAAGUGAAAUGACACCUGUUGCAAAAAUGAGGAGGAAAAAGAAGAAGUCGCAGGCUGCGAGGGAAGUGCAGAAGACAUCGACAGAGCUUCAGUCGCAACAAUUUUCACCGUUGCUGGAUAUCGGUUCCACAGAAUUUACUCCAGCAACAUUUAUCGAUCCCAGCAUGCCUGUCUCUCUUCCAGCCGUUGAUGUUACCUCUACAUCGUCUUCUCAGCACCCUUCAAGAUAUUGACAGGCAACGUAGAUGGCCCCUCCAGCACCUGCUGACCUCUGACCUGACCUGACGGAAAGUUCGCCUCAAUAUGAUCAGAGAAUUCCCCAUGCAGAAAAUUUAUUAGGAGCCAGUUUCUGCUUUUGAUCAAAGAGCUAACACUGUUGAUUUUUCUACUAACAUGUUGAGAUCGGAGACUGUCCAUACGUAUGUGUGUGUGGAUGGAUUGCGGGUGCUCUGGUGGGGUUUGCUCCUUCUUUCCUAUCAAACAUCUAUC